AUGGAUGGCACUGUAUUGGAUAAUCAUACUCUCUAUCGACAGCUAGUUGGAGGACUCGUCUACUUAACUAUCACCCGACCAGACAUCGCCUAUCCAGUUCUUGCAUACUCCAAUGCUGAUUGGGCUGGUGAUCCCACUGAUCGUCGUUCUACUAUUGGUUACUGUUUGUUUCUUAGCGAUGCUCUCAUUUCUUGGCGUGCUAAGAAGCAAACGUUCACUGCUAGAUCGAGCACAGAAGCUGAGUACCGUGCCCUCGCUAACACUACUGUUGAGGUUAUAUCGAUUCGUUGGCUUUUCGAAAAUUUGGGUGCUCCUCAGUCGUCCCCUAUUGAUGUUUUUUGUGACAACCGCAGGGCUAUUUAG